UCCGCAAUGUGAGGAUUGAUAGUCACACUGCCAUCGUAACAUCAAUACAUACCCGGGAAAAUACCCACAAUGCGUCAUUAAUAUCCUAGUUUUAGAAAUAUAUAUUCAUUUCGGACAUGGGGACUGUUUCGGAGUACACCAUUAUCAUGAGCAGAUUCUUCAGAAAACAACGUGACGCAGUUUUCCGGAAACGACACCGAUUUGACUUCACUUCCUGCGCGUCCAUUACCUGUCUUAUUUUGUAUGUGAUAUUUACAUAUGUGGAAAACAAUGUGGAAUCAAUGUGUUGGUUGUUUACACCACGCCUUGAGGGGAGCAUCGAACCGAACCUGUCCCUCACUUCUUAUGAAGAGAUGUCAUCUAAAUUCAAAUGGCUGCACGCAGGGGGACAUUACUCCCCUACAAACUGUUUACCCACUCAAAACGUAGCCAUACUAAUUCCGUUCCGAAACAGGGAGGAAAACUUGCGAGUUUUGUUGAAUAAUCUUCAUCCGAUUCUUCAUCGCCAACAGAUAAUGUACACAGUGUAUGUCAUAGAGCAGGCCGAUGAUAAACCCUUUAACAAAGGAAAGCUGUACAAUAUCGGGUAUCUAGAAGUACUUAAAAGAAACCAUACCUGUUUCAUUUUUCAUGAUGUUGAUCUUAUUCCGGAAGAUGACAGAAUUCGCUACGGAUGUUCAAGAAGCCCCAUGCAUUUAUCCUUGGCCAUUGACAAGUUUAAUUAUAGACUCUCUGACGAUAAUCUAAUUGGAGGAGUUUCAGCUUGGAGGAAAAGAGAAUUUGAAAUGGUCAAUGGCUGGUCAAAUCUCUUCGUUAAUUGGGGAGGAGAGGAUGACGACAUGAGCUCUAGAAUUAUUGCCAAUGGAUUAUCGAUAUACCGUUACAGAGAAUCAAUUUCUAGAUAUACAAUGCUGAAGCAUAGGCGCACUCCCAUUAACACUGCCAGAUUCAAUCUUCUGAAAGACAGUCAAACCCGAUUUCCAAUAGACGGACUUUCCAGUCUAGUGUAUAUCCCUCCUAAAGUAGAAGUAUAUCAAUUAUUCACAAAUAUAUCUGUUGUAGUUUGAUAUCUUCUACAGGUAUUAUUGUAAAUAAAUUGAUGAGGUGAAAUGUCAGUAUUGAGAGAGAAGGCCCAAAUGAUAUUGAAUCUGAUUCCGAUUCAUAUUCGGGGUUAGUAACGAUAGGAACAUUAGUCUCGAAAACCUCAUCUCCAACAACAAAGUGAUACAGACCCUAAAGUGCCCUACUGUACCAAUGGAAUGGUCAAUGAAUGCUGAACGGUUUGGGAACGAAUGGUUUUGAUUGGGGAACAAAUGCUGAACGGCUUUGGGAGCGAAUGGUUUUGAUUGGGGAACAAAUGCUGAACGGCUUUGGGAACGAAUGGUUUUGAUUGGGGAACAAAUGCUGAACGGCUUUGGGAGCGAAUGGUUUUGAUUGGGGAACGAAUGCUGAACGGCUUUGGGAACGAAUGGUUUUGAUUGGGGAACAAAUGCUGAACGGCUUUGGGAACGAACGGUUUUGAUUGGAGAACGAAUGCUGAACGGUUUGAACGGAACGGAUCGUAUUUAGAGCGAUACUCUACGGUUUAAGAUGGAGACUGGACGCUUUGGGCCGGGAACGGAACGCUUUGGGCCGGGAACGGAACGCUUUGAGCCAAGUUUGGUUUCUAUUUCAAAUUCUACAUUUGAGAAUCUUUAGGCACUUUUCAUAUACAAAGAUAUUGUAAUUAAGACAGAAAAAUAAGGGUUUUAAAAUGCUACCAUUUUAAACUUGAAAAAUUGGGGAGUGAAAGUAAAUUGAUGGAUGAUGUACCGUUAUGUAGACGUGACUCCUACGUGAAAUAGUUGCUUAUGUACCGUUAUUCAUAUAAGAAGGCAGUCAAAAAUAUCUUGGGGUCGUUUGAGGUUUAAUUCUGAUAAAAUCGUCACCGUAUAAAUCAGAAAUAUCAACACGUUUUUGACAUUAUUUUGAAAUAAUUAUCAUUAAAAUUACUACAAAGAUAUUAUAAAAAGAUGAGAGAUUCUACAUGAAAUAAGUUUAAGAUAAAUAUUACUAACAUUACUGUAGAGAUAAUGUAAAGAGACUCAGUUUCUAUCUAUUUAUAUUUAUUUAUUUCGGAAGCUGGUUUUAGGAAAGAUUAUUCAUUAGACUAUGUUCUUUCAUUACAAUUCUUGUCACAUAUUUUCAUGAAUAGAAAGGAGAAACUAUUUUGUGCAUUUGUAGAUUUUAAACAGGCCAUUGACACUCUGUGGAGAAACGGUCUUUAGAACAAGUUAAUUGUGAAUUGUAUUAAAGGGAAGUGUUUUACUUACAUAAGAAAUAUGUACAUGUGGAUAAAAUCAAUUAUUAAGAUGAAUGAUAUGACCAGUGAUUUUUUCACGUGCAAUGUUGGAGUAAGACAAGGUGAGAAUUUAUCUCCUUUUUUGUUCUCAUUAUACAUUAAUGAUAUUGAUAUAUUUUUACAAGAGAAAGAAAUAGUUGGCCUUCAAAGUAUUUCUGAAUCAAUUGAAGAGGAAUUAAUGAUAUAUCUAAAACUUUCAAUUUUAUUAUAUGCUGAUGACACAGUUAUUUUGGCUGAAUCUGCUGAAGAUUUACAGCACGCGUUGAAUGAAUUUUUUGUGUACUGUACGCAGUGGAAAUUGAUUGUUAAUAUGGAAAAACUAAAGUUUUGAAGAAAUGUUUUUAUUAUAAUGGAAGUAUUAUUGAGAAUGUGAGAGAAUUCAAAUAUCUAGGCAUUGCAUUUUCCAGGUCAGGUUCUUUUUGCAAAGCUAAAAAAAACAUCUAUGCGAAAGAGCCCAGAAAGCUAUGUAUGGAGUUAUAAGAAAAAUCAGACAAUUUAAUUUACCAUAUAAGUGCCAACUUGACCUGUUGGACAAAGUCGUUUUACCUGUUUUAAUAUACAGGUGUGAGAUUUGGGGAUAUGAAAACUUGCAGAUUAUAGAAGUUCUCCAUCUAAAAGUUUUGAAACAUGUUUUUCGUUUAAAAAGCUCCACUCCGUCAUUGGUGGUAUAUGGCGAAACGAGACGUUUCCCUGUUUAUAUUAAUGUGUAUACUAGAAUUAUUUCUUAUUGAGCCAAAUUAACAUUUAGUCAUGAAAACAAGAUAGUAAAUGUUGUUUACAAAUAUUUAUAUACACAGUAUUAUAAUGGCACAUUUUAAAAUCCAUGGUUUGAAUGUAUUCAUAGAAUUUUGAACAUAUGUGGACUCUCUAAUAUAUGAUAUGAAGACGGUACUGUGAAUGAAAAAUGGAUAUCAAACGCUGUAAAAACAAAGUCUUAUGGAUCAAUUUGUCCAGACUUCGUCAUAUGAUGUUUUUAGCUCUUCCAAGGGUACAAUGUACAGAAUUUUUAAAACAAGGUUUGAUCUGGAAACUUAUCUUCAAAACCUACCUAAGAGACUCAGUAGCAUCGUUUUGAAAUUUCGUACCACGAACCAUCGCCUCCCAGUAGAGACUGGCCGAUGGUUUAGUAUACCAUAUAACGAAAGGUUAUGUGUUUUAUGUAAUGAAACAAAAAUUGCAGACGAAUAUCAUGUUUUAUUAGAGUGCAGUGCUUUAUCCAGUAUAAGAGAAUAAUACCUACACAGAAAAUAUUGUACGAGACCAAAUGUAAUGAAAUUUUAUGAAAUCAUGUAAACCUUAAAAACCUGUGCAUGUUUAUUUUAAAGAUAUACGAAUUAGUCUGUUCUAAUAACACAUAACUUCAAAUUUUUGUACAUAUUUAUGUAUAUAUUUCACUUUGUUUAUUUGCUUACCUAUAUACAUUCCUCUGACGUUACUUGUAUUGAUACAUGAAAUUUCUGUAUUGUACCUUUUCCAUUGUGGUUUGAGCGAAUAAAAUGAAUGAAGGAAGGAAGGAAUUUAAUUAGUGGUUCGCACGAUAGAUAGCACGAUAGAUAGCACCACGUUCAUACAAGUGUAUAUUUAAUGAUCGCUACAAGUCAUAACAAACUCAGAUGAAUCUUGUAGGCCUACUGAAAGUGGAUGGAACCAGCAAUAAUUUAUCGAAAUAUGAUCUGUAUUUUCAUUGACGUUUUAUUUCGUUAAAGAUAUUGGAGUGUGCAAAUUAUUAUUUUUUUUAUUAUUAUUUUUUUUUUUUUUUUUUUUUUUUUUUGGGUACCGUGAGAAUGCAAAUGUUUUCUGAAGAAUAAAAAAAGCAACCGCCUUGCUUGUUGCUCCUAUUGUUUGUCUGAAAAUAUCAGGUUUACUUUAUUUUCUAAACAUCUUUAAUUCAAAAUGUUCCUGUUAAAUGAUAGAUUCAUUAUGUUUUGACAAUCCAAUGAUAACGAUUGCGCAUUAAUUUAUCACGAUACAAGUCAUGUAUUCAAAAUGAUUUGAAAUUAAGAAUUAUACAGAUAUGAUAUUUAAAAAAAAAGAA